GUCAUUUAGGUUUUCCAAUUUGCCGCUCCAAAGAAGUCUUCUUCAUUCUCCGCUAGGGUUUUCAUCGCUAUACCGUCUCUUCUGUUUUUCUCAAAUCUGAACUGCGAUUCUCCUUUUUCUUUCAAAUCUUCGCCGAACCCUCCCCAUAAUAGACACAGAUGUCUCGUUGUUUUCCUUACCCACCUCCUGGUUACGUGAGGAAGGUGGCUAGGACCGAGGCGGCCUUGAUCGAAUCGAUUAAGCUCCAAUCUGAAAGACGACAGCACAAGACUGAUAGCAAGAAAGAGAAAAGUAAGCACAAGAAAGAAAAGAGCAAGGACAGGAAACACAAAAGCAAAGAACGUAAGGAAAGUAAGGAAAAAUCUUCUCGUAGCCGCGACUUGAAUGAUCAGAAACAGAAGGCAUGCGUAAAAGAGGUCAAGGAUCGUCUAGAGGGAACCAAGGUUGAAGCAGAACAAUUAGAAAAGAGUGGUCUCACUGAAGAGCAUGGACAACCAGUAUGGCCUCACAGUCCUGGCUACUUGUCUGAUGGAACUCAGAUCAACCAAAAGAGGAAAAGGGAUGAUUCAUUACAGCCUGAUGAAGGUUGUAAACCUGGAAAAGUAAUUCGGAUCAAACUGGCUUCUUCACUAAGCCAGCAAGAGAAUUCAUCAGCUGGCAGUGAACAGAUGUGUUCUGUAUCUGGUCGUGAUUGUUCUCGUGAUCAAAAGAGUGAUGAAAACAGCUCAGUUCGGCGAUCAACUUGCUUUGCUAAUUCUGAAACGGCCCUUGCUGUCAAGGAUUGCACAUCUUCUAAACCUAAGAUCAAAGACCCUCCUCCGCAUGCUGUCAAGGAUCGCACUUCUUCUAAACCUAAGAUCAAAGACCCUUCUCCGCAUGCUGUCAAGGAAAUUAGCUCACUAGGUAAUGUUAUGUCAUUACCACGCACCAGAAGCCCUGUCGAAUCUGCUUAUGAGGCCUUGUUUGAGAAGUGGGUACCACCUCCACUUCAGUUGGAGCAACAAAUGGAUGAUGAAGAAUGGCUCUUCCGAACCGAAAAGCAAGAUGGACGAAGUACAAAGACCAAUGAAGCCUUCAGUUCUGUCCCCAGCUGUAGAAGUUCCAGUCUGUGGCCGAGAGGACAAUAUCUUGCCGAUGCCGAUGUUUAUUCAUUGCCUUACACGAUCCCAUAUUGAUUUUGAAUUCUUUACUCGCAGAGAUGUGUACAGCCAGUAGGAACAAUAGUCUUGGCGUUAUAAUUGUUUUAGAAUCAAAUAUAAUUGACAUUCAAUUUUGUUCUCUCCUGUGAGACAAUGAACAGGCAUGCUUUGGGGAUGGUGAUGCAAGUGUAAAUUCUUAGUGUUGAUUCUAUAUAUAGCAGCUUUUGCCUUAAA